UUUAACAUCCUUUUGUCUAAGUAGACACUUCAUUUGUAGAAUAUCUUUCAAAACACACGUUCUGGCAAGUAUUUAAAGUGAACAAUUCGCAUUUCAAGCUAUAUGUAAACAUAUUUGGAAGCUUGGAAAUAUGCAUCACACUUUGCAGCCUAACAGAUCAUGUUUCAUAGUGGAAGAUUAUCUAAAGAAUGUUUUUAUUGAGUGACAUUUGAAAUAAUAGUGAUGAGUAGAUAAUGUAAUGAGUUGCUACACCGAAAUAUGCUAAAGAUGGAUGAUGCUCAAUCAAUGACCUGCACAGCUGCUGUUGCCGAUGACGCAAGUAUUACGUUCAGUAAUUUUCCAGUCAAACUCAACAAACUGUUAAAGGAUUCCAUCUACGAUCUAUUUAUAUCGUUCAUUAUAGCUGAAAAUAUUGUGAACGUCUUCAAGAAAUACAGUCCAAAGGUUUUAGUGGAUAAAGAUAUUGAAAUCGUGAAACGAAAAGCUGAGUGCAAGGGAAACAUUGAAGCCAACGAAGAAUUGUUGAACAGGCUUGUGACCUAUGAAGACUGGUUUCCGUGUCUGCUUCAAUGUCUCAGAGAUAAACAGGUCAAUCAAGGUCACAUUGCCCUAAAGAUGGAAGAGAUAGGAGACUUUGUGAAGAGUGAAUUACAAAGAGAAGUGGAAAAUCAUAAGUUUCAAUAUCCUUCUGCUAGCGUAUCAUCAGUUUCUGUUAAGUCAUGUAGUGUAUCUGACCUAGAUGAAAAGGAAAAAAGUCAAAUGCUUGAAAAAUAUCAUUCUCUCCUUUUCGAAAGUACUGAGGACGUACUAAACCUGACCCCAUGUCAAGUUGAACAUCUGUUGGGCUCUCUAGUCUUAAAGCUGUCAUCACCAGGGGCAGACAAUGACACAUUGAAAGCUGUAAUGCAGCUUUUAACUAUCGUAAAGCUGUAUAUACAUAAUACACAUAGCUUUGAAGAGGUUAUUAUUAGACUUGAACUACCAGGUAAAUUAGUGCCGUUGUGUUUUAUGCCUGUAGAGCCAGACUUGAGUACAAACAGUAAGAGACAGGUGAUGAAAAUAAAACAGAGCAGUUUUGAAGUUUUAACACAUCUGAUGUUUUCUACAGCACUCAUUAGCCAUGAGCUUAUAGAAAAAGACUUAUUAAAUGCCAUUCAAAACGUACUAGACUCACGAGAAUUCCAGCUGGAUAAAGAGACGGACAAAGAAAUACAAAUAUCACGGGCCGAGAUUAAAAGAGACAUUGUCUUGAUUUUGUCUUCAGUUGUAAGAAAUAUUGACUUAAAGGAGAACUGCCUAUUAAUUGCAAAAUUUGAAAAGAUAUUAAAGCAAACAUUGGUCGAUCAAGAUAAGCUUGUCCAUGACCUCUCAUUGUUUCUCUCGGCAUACGUACAGUACGAUUUCAUGCCAUUUCUAAAAGAGAACAACAUCAACAUUGACGACAUGCUACAAAGCCUACUGUCUCACCUGAGAUUCUAUGCCAUCUACAACGUGCUCAACAGCAAAGUCGAGAUUCAAACGUUAGCAUAUUUUGAAGGUUUUGCAAAACUGGCAACUAUUAAACAAAUUAAACGCAAGAUGAAACAAAUGACAGUUAUGAGAAAGCUGUACUUCAUAACCAAAGAAUUAGGUGGUUCCAAAUGCCAUGCUGUUUUUGUACGUAUCUUGACGAUUCUUGGUACCUUUCAAGUUGAAGACAAAAUCAAUGAAGCAAAGGAUCCGGAAUACUUUAGCAGACCACAACUACCAAAUCUAUAUUAUUCCUGCUUAGAAGAAAAAGACUUGGAAGAGAUUUUGUCCAGAAAUGUCCAAGAAAUUGAAAGCUAUUUAAAAGCCUUAUGUGAAAAACUCAUGAACUGGUCCUACGUACAAGUGCACGAAGUCGUAAAUGAUCUUGUCCUUUUGUUGAAGAUUAUUCAGAAGAUUCAGACUAGACUUGAUGAAUUUCAUCCAGUCCUUGUUUCUUCCAAGUUAUCAGCAACUUUGGAGCAAAUCUGUUUACAUUUUUUUACGUCAAAAGAAACAUUAUUUACAGCUCUUAAGGUUUAUUUGAUUUUGGUAGAGAUGUGUUCUUUGUUUUCCCAGACUUUAGCAACAAGAAAGUUUUUCUUCAUUUUGAUCCUGAUUAUGGAGGAUAUAGAACGAAAAAGUUUGAUUGACCGUUUGUUUCUUGAAAAAACACAAAAUAUAGCAAGUCUCAUUAUGUUGACAAUUGUAAGUAAAUCAAAAGAAAAGUGUAUCGUUCUAGAACAGCCUGAUGUAAUAAAGCAAUUGACGAAGUCUGUCAGGUCUAGUAAUUACAUGGUCUUGGUAAUAGCCAGAGUGCUAGUGCUGUCCCACGAGGAGCAUGAAGAUGCAGUAAAGUUUCUGAUACACUGGUUAAAGGAAGCUAUGUCAAAUCAACAGUGCAUGGCAAUGAAUGGUCUAAGUGCUAAACUUAUUCUCUAUUGUUUAUCUCAGCUAUCAAACAACAGUUCAAAUAGGCUACUGAUCAAAGAUAAUUCCUAUAUUAAAUCCCUGCAUCAAGAGUUUCUUCCUGAGACAGAUCCAUCCCUCUCUCUCAGUUACAUCAUUUUGCUGAAAAAGCUUGGAGUUUUUGACAAUGCAACAAAAGAAGUUCCCAGUCUGAAAGAAGAGGCAGGCAAUAUUGAAGAUUCAAAUGCUGAUCAGACAGAAUGUAAAAACAUCGACAAUGGAUGUUCACUCGAUGAGAAAAAUAUUGACGAAGAAGAGAAAACAUCAGCUUUUGUUAGCUUUGGAGAAUAUGAACUAUCUAGGAAAAAUGUUAUUAUAAAAGAUCUUUUAAUUUCAAAUACCACUUCGCAAGUUUGGAAAGGAAAAAUGAAUGGAAGUAUUGACGUUGCUGUAAAAAUUCUAAAUUCUGAAACUAUGUCCAAAGAUGAAUUUUUGAUUGAAGCGAAAAUACUAAGCAAGAUAAAGAAUAAACAUAACAUACAAUUUUUAGGUGUGGUAUUGGAAAAGCCGUUAUACAUUGUCACAGAGUUUAUCCCGAACGGAACAUUGUUGCAUGUUCUAAAAAGUGAUAGUGGAAAGACAAUAAAACUUGACAAUAUGUUAAAGAUGAACAGACAAGUAUGUGAAGGUAUGAAUUAUUUGGAAUGUCACAAAAUUGUGCAUAGAGAUUUAAGAGCUGAAAAUGUUUUAGUAGGAAAUAAUUACAAAGUUAUUAUAACAGGAUUUGGAAAUGCAACUACUAUAGACAAUGAGAGCAACCAAAUAUCUAGAAAAGAUUUCAGCUAUAAAAUUAAGUGGACUGCACCAGAAGCUGCCACCAACAAACAGUUUAGCAGCAAAUCAGAUGUCUGGUCGUUUGGUAUUUUGAUGUAUGAAAUUGUUACUUUUGGCAGUGAGCCAUACGAUAAAAUGUCGGAUUCAGAUGCUCUACAAAUGAUACAAGACGGCAGACGACUGCUCAAACCCAAAAAUGAACGUUUAGAAAUACCUCACUCUUAUUACAACAGCAUGAUGUCUUGCUGGAGAAAGUUACCCGAAGAAAGGCCCAAUUUUGAAUGUUUACUAAAUAAAGUUAUCAAAUAAAAUGUUAAAUAUGGACAUCCUUUUACUUUAUAUAAUUUUAAUGUUCAGUUGUUUCUUAAAUCCUAUGAUCUGUAUAUUUUAUAUAUUAAAAGUUAUAGAAGUUAUUUAAUUGUUUUCACACAGUUACAUGAACUCAUUCUGUCUGCCUGGUACAAUUCUUGUACACGUAAUUGCUCUCAUUUCACGUUCUCGGAUCUGGUUGAGAUUUGUCGAUGACAACACACGGAUCAU